ACACAGACUGCUCUUGUACUUUCUAGCAAGAACAUCACAAGUAUCUUACUCAAUUAUGGUAGCGUUAGCGAUAGUAUUGUCAUUCAUCGCAAUCCUCUUGUUUCUGUACCAAGUCUAUCGACUUAAUUCUGACAAACCUUCCGAAAACGAAGCACCAGUUUUACCUCGACUCCCGAUAUGGGGUAGUUACUGGUUCCUACUUUGGGGAAAUUACAAAUACCCACAUCGAACGAUUCAAUAUUAUGCGGCAAAGUACAAAUCUAAUGUAGUAGCAUGUUGGUUGGGUUCGUAUUACACGGUUAUUGCAACUAAUUACCAGAGUAUAAAGGAAUUAUUGUCAAAAAAGGAGUUUGACGGAAGAUUGGCCGAGGCUUACAUAUUCAAAGCGAGAGCUUUCGGACGAAAAUUGGGGGUAUUUUUCACUGAUGGAACAGCAUGGAGGGACAAAAGAAGAUUCACUCUUAGAUAUAUGAGAGAUUAUGGAUUUGGUCGACGAAUGGAAAAAGCUGAGAAUGACUUCGCAGAAGAAUUGAGCACGUUAAUAGAUACAUUGAAAAAUGGUCCGAUCAAUGACGAGGAGCGGGAGCUUUGGAAAGACGGUGAUAAAGUAAUGUUCCCUAAAAUUUUAUUGCCCAUAGCGGGUAAUUUUUUUUUGACGAUAUUCACUGGCGAACGGUUUCCAAGAUCGGAACAUGGUGUACUACGGAAAGUCGCAGAAUCGGCAAAACAAUUCCAACAACACAGCGACACAACCGGGGGCGCAAUAUUGCAGACUCCGGGGUUACGACAUUUUGCUCACGGAUUCUCCUUCCCAGGAUUUUUAAAAGGAUCUUAUGGGAUAACUGACUUUAUUCGGUCAUGUUUGAGGACAAGCCAAGAAUCAUUCAUUUCGGAAGCAGAAAGAGGUUUCGUCGAUGUGUGCAUCAAAAGAAUGAAAGCUGCGGAAGGGUCAUUCCAGUUGACAGAGGAAGAGAUACUUAUGGUGGGAACGGAUUUCAUUUUUCCUGCAUUAACGGCAAACCCAUGGGCCGUGACAAAUUUCAUAAAACACAUGAUGCACUAUCCCGAUAUAUUGCAAAAAGUUCAAAAAGAAAUUGACACAGUGGUAGGAAGGGACAGAUUGGUGACGUUAAAUGACAGAAUGAAUUUACAUUAUACCGAAGCAACUAUACGUGAAAUUUUGAGAUUCGAUACCAUGACUCCUUGGUCGGUAGCGCACAGAGCGUUGGAGAGUGGAGAACUGGCUGGCUUUCAUAUCCCACAAAACACUGUGUUGAUAAGCGAUCUAUACUCUAUGCAUCAUGACCCAAAGUUCUGGGGAGAUCCAGAAAAUCUUAGACCCGAAAGGUUUCUGACUGAGGAUGGGUGCUUAGGAAAAGACCACUCCCUACCCUUUGGUGCAGGAGGAAGACUUUGUGCUGGUGAGACAUUUGCCAGGCAAUUUUUGUUUCUCACUUUUUCAACACUUAUUCAGAACUUUGAUUUUGGAUUUGUGGAUGGCGAACCUUCCUCACUGAAGGACAAGUUGCCGGGUUUUGCCGAGAGUCCAAAAGAUCUCUGGAUCAAAGUAACACCUCGUAAAUAGUAUCCAACUUCUACUAUGUGCAACAUUUAAUGUACGUAGUACGAUUGUUCAUUCCAUUUCUUUGCAAAAUAUUGCAACUGAAUGAAUGUAUCCAUUUUCGUUUCAUCGCUAUUCGUGAUUGGUAAAUUUUGAGAUGAAUCUGAUACAAAUUGUGCAAGAAAAGUUGCAAAAAUAGAAUAAUAUUAAUGGAAUAGAACGAAAAAAGAAGAUCAUAAAAGUGGCUGCUAAUCGUAUCUAUGAAUAAGGAUUUAUUUACUGAGGUUAUAGUUAACUGAAAGAAUAUUUUCAACAGAUGAUAAUUUUAUUGUCACCUUAACGUUCAUGAGCUUCUCAGCAUAUAUUACAUACUCCACAGACUAUAAUAACUUUUCAGCAAUAAAUUUAGGUUAAAAAUAAGGAAAAAUAAAGAGAAUAAUAUCUCAAAA